AUGUACUCCUCUGCUCACGGCAAGAGCAGACCGCUCCAGUCAACUUCAAAGUCUGUGGCUACGUUGGACUUGCCUGCAUUGAAGAAUGCCUGUCAUGUCCUGGAGGAACAGCUCAAUAAGGACGCGCAAAUCACUCCGGACUUGAACGAACUGCUUACAAUACUUACAGCGGGCAUUCCGGCGUCUGCGGCAUACACCGUCUUUCCGGAUGACUACCGCGUCCCCUUCCAGAAGCGUAGACUCGUCGGAAUACCAGAGGGACUCUUCCAAUAUUAUACAACAACGAGUGUCACAUCCCACAUGGGUUUGAUGCCAGAAAUUGAGCGAGUAUGGAUCAGCAUCGACCACAACUUGUUUUUAUGGGACUACAUAGAGGGCCAAGAGUUGAGCUCAUUCGUGGAUCAGCCGGACGUCAUCACUGAUGUUGCCCUCGUGAAACCCAAGCCAGGCGUAUUCAUCGACGACAUUACGUCGCUGCUUGUCAUAUGUACGCCUGUGUCUGUGGUACUGCUUGGCGUCUCCACGAGUUCUGUCAUGGGCCCCAACAACCGCACACACAAGGACAUCAAGCUGUACGCCACCGACAUGUCCAUUGCCGUUGAUGUCGAGAUGACGUCUGUCAUUGGGACGCAGGAGGGGCGUAUCUUCAUGUGUGGUGUGCAGGAUGGAUGCUUGUAUGAGCUGCAUUAUCAGGAGAAAGAGGGAUGGUUUGGGAAGAGAGUCCAGAUCAUCAAUCACUCCGUAGGAGGCGUGCAGAGUCUAUUACCCCGCUUAUCAGCCCCAAAGUCAGAAGACCGGAUCGUCAUGGCUCUUUCUGACCUCUCCAGAGGGUGCUUCUACACGCUCUCUGUGAAGAACACGAUAACAAUAUACAGGACUAAUGGCGAAAAGAGCGUGCAGGAAGUCCAGCACCUAUCGAAGCUCUAUAAGGCCGCUCAGGAUAAAGCUCCUGGAUCUCCUGCGUUGACGCCACAAAACUUUCAGCUGAUUUCUCUUCACGUCAUCGAUCCAUCUGAGUCUCGGGCAGGCGUCCAGCUCAUGGCCAUGACUGCUAAUGGUAUACGCCUGUACUUCGCACCCUCGGCCUUCAGCCUUGCCGUUGGGGCUGCCUCUGGUUCACAAACCCCUCUGCGUCACCUACAAGUCAUUCAUGUCCGACUGCCGCCUCCCAACUUGUUACACCCUGAUGAGCAGACCAGCCCCCACCGGCCUGCCAUGUCAGGUUACGGCAUUGCUCAGGCGCCUCAACAGCAGACUUCACGGCCAUACGUGCUCUCAGCCCUCGAGAAUGUUUGUUACGCUGCAGGCCUCACGAUUGCUGCCCAGCCUGGCGACGUCGACGGCCAAGACUAUGUCCUCUGUAUGUCACCCGACUUGACGAGAUUCGGAAAUCUUGGGCAGCUUCACGGAUCAACGCCACAACAGCAGAGUCCCCAGUAUACGAAUGCCUCAUAUGGAACUGUGCCCGGCCCUAGUCGACCGCCUCUAACGGAGUACGCAACAUUGCUUUCCAUUCCUGGCCGCACUUGGGAUAUGGCGCCUGUUCCUCACUCUGGAUGUCCCACAGCAUCGAUCCCGUCCAGCAGUCCUUCCCCUUUGGUUACUAAUGAGCUGGCUUACCAAUUCUCGGAACAUACACGACAAUUUAUGAUCUUGACGAACGUCGGAGUGACUUUCUUGGCUAAAAGGCGGGCACUAGACUAUCUAAAGGAUGUUAUUGAAGAGUAUCAGGUCGAGGGAAAUGCGCAACCCCUCAUUGAGUUUCGAGACAGCUUUGGCCGUGACCAGACGUGUGCAAUGCUGCUAGCAAUCGCCAGUGGGAACACCUUCCUGGAGAUGGGAGAGAGGACAUCGUUGGGCGGCAUUAGUACGGUGAGCCCGGAGAUUGCGAUGGUGGCGAAGCAAGCGUUCUACGACUUUGGCGAACGCCCGAUGUGGUCCGAACGGGUGACUUAUGGCACAAGCGAGGGUUCCGGAACAGCAAUUUUCAGCGGUCGGCGAGAAGGCCUUGCUCUGUACUUCGCACGAUUGGUAAGGCCAUUCUGGAACGCCAAACUGACGAAGCCUAGCCCUACUGGAUCGCACGAAUUGAACAUAUCAGACGACGCACUUGUCGUCAUCCAAAAGAAUAUGUAUGCACUGAAGGAGAUGCUGGACACAAAUCCUCAUUUGUUCCAUUCCGCUCCUCAUGACCAUACCGGUGCCCGCCCUGCUAUAGCGAGCGAGCAGGAGGCGUGGAAGGUCGAGCAAAAUUCAGUCGCUCAGCUUCUCGACCUCUUGGCGAGAACCAUCGAGGCGAUUUCAUUUGUCCUUCUCCUUAGCGACCAUAGGAUGGGGGAGCUGAUAAGACAAUGUGACUCCGAAGUCCAGAAGCUGGUUACCAGUAUGACUUUUGAAGAACUAGUAGUCGAUGAGAAAGGCGUCUCCUCUGCCCGAGCCCUGGUCAAUGUUGUCAUUAACCAGCAAAUAGGACAACAGAUCAGCGUGGAUACCAUCAGUGAAGUGUUGCAGCAACGAUGUGGCUCAUUCUGCAGCACGGACGAUGUGAUGCUGUACAAGGCGAGGGAAAACGUUCGCAAAGCUGUUGAAACAAGGAAUCCUAUCGAGCGGCAAACAUUCCUGGGGGAUUCCCUACGGUUGUUCAUGAAGGGAGCACGCAACUUGGAGUUUGAAAAGCUACGAGAGAUUAUUGGAGAUUAUCAGCAGCUCGACUACGUGCAAGGAGCGAUACAACUGGCAUUGCACUGUGCACAAAUAUAUGACAGUGAUGGGCAAGGACAAGACUACUGGUUGGCGGGAUGCCCUGCGAACGAUCCUCGCGCUCAGUUCUGGGAACGGCGUUCACACUGUUAUGACUUGGCACUAGAUUCACUGUCUGUAUUUGAAGAGCGGAGCCCCAACACGAGGCAACCUCUAGGAAGUGGGGACGACUCCGACCGCGUUCGUAGUCACGCGUAUGAACUUGCCUUUGAGUGCGAUGAUGAAAUGUUCCAUUCAACGCUGUAUGAUUGGCUCAUACAGAGGGGUAUGGCGGACGAGCUGCUUGCAAUGAGACCCGCGUAUCUCGAAGCGCAUCUCAGGCGCGAACCUGCUACCGUCGAGAAGUUCCAGUUGCUGUGGCAAUUCUACGUUAUUAACGGCGAACCGCUUCGCGCAGCAGAGGUCCUGGGUGCAUUGGCAGAAUCAACAGAGUUCGACCUUCCUCUUGAUGCUCGUCUGGAAUACCUGACCUUGGCGGUGGGUAACGCCAAGUCACAUCCCGUGUCCGUCGGCGGCAGAUACGAGACCGCGAUCGCAUUCCUGACAGAUCUGGAGGAGAAACUCGAAGUUGCACAGGUUCAGCUGGAGAUCUACCAUUCUCUUCUGCCCCGGAUCAAAGAAUCAGAGGAGGUCGGGAAGAAGAUUAAGCUGCUCUCAAAAUGCCUGAUGACAAUCACAGAGCUCUUCCAAGAAUAUGCGGAGCCGUUCGACCUGCUAUCAAUUCAACUACUGAUCUUGCACGUAUCAGAACACCGAGACGAGAACAUCGUCCGUCCAAUAUGGAACCGGAUAUUCGAGAUAGCUAUUGACAGCGCGGAGACUGCGGUGGCCGCGGAUCGUAUCGUCUCUCGUGUCACGGCAAUAGGACAGCGGUUCUACCCAUCAGAUUGUGCAUUCCCACUGAGUAAGUGCUUCCCGCAACUGUACUGUAUCAGACCGAGUUCAUCAGAGCUGUCUCUAGGACAUGUUGCAUCAUUGCUGGUGCGGUUUAGUCUCGCCCACAAGGGUGAGCUUCCCUACGGGUGGGCUCCGCGGAUAUUGGUGCAAUGCGGUGUACCAUAUCCUGAUGUUUGGGACAUCCUGUACGAGAUGUACGAAUCGCAGGUACCUCCAUUCAACGAGCAGGCAAACGUGCAGUCGCUGUCCUCAGACAUCGCAGUGCUUCUGGCAGACUGGGUGGAGAACGUGCAGCGUCCACAAUCCGCAGUUUCACGGAGCGAGUUCCCCGUAUAUCGGGUCGAGCAGGCAGUCGACCAGUACCUCUCGGAAUUGGAGACCAGUCGAGCUGAGACCAGGGCCACAUACGAAAACAUUAAGCGCCAAUUGCGAAGGAAUUGGUGA